AUGGCGAAUCGUAUUGAGGCCCGUACUGCCUCUAGGUUCGGUGCCUAUUUCUCGUUAUUGGAAGGCGACUUCCCUCCUAGUUUCCUUGGCUUGUCCGCACGCACACUGAUCGGUGUCGGCUGCGUUGAUUCGGUAGAGGUAUCCAUUCAGUCUCGCUAUGCUAGUCUGGAGCUGGGCUAG